UGAAGAUUAUAAAACGAUUUGUUCCCGACGCGUACACAAUAAACGAUAAGCGUGUGAUAAACGAUAAGUGUGCAACGAAACGACAUUUAUCAUACAAGUUCCACAUUAAGAAUGAACCGUUUUCAAUUUUUAUAAAAAUCGCGAGACAGUGAAACCUAAAUUGUAGAACUAUUUAAAAAAUAAGAUUAAUGACACAUCAAUUCAAGGACGCGCCGAAAGAGUGUCAUACGCUAUAAAUAAUUUCAGCGCCGAGUUUCACCAGAAACGUGGAAAGAGAUUUGUGUGACAAGCAACAUGGCUACAUUAGUAGCAGCAGAUUAUGUGGUGAUUGGUGUAUUAAUGGCGACCAGUUCCGGCGUUGGUGUGUACUAUUGGUUCACCGGUGGCCGACAAAAAUCGACUGAGGAAUAUUUCGUAGCGAACAAAUCCAUGCGAGUGGUCCCAGUGGCGAUAGGUUUGAUGGUGUCAUACUUAUCAGCGGUCAGUCUACUCGGAGUGAGCUCCGAAAAUUAUAUUUACGGUACUCAAUACUCGGUGAUCAACAUCGCUUACGGCCUCGCCACGCCGGUUGCAGCUUAUUUUUAUUUACCGGUGUUUUUCAAACUUGGCGCUACAAGCGCCUUCGAGUAUCUGCAGAAGCGUUUCGGCAUGACCACCAGAUUGAUAGCCAGCUUUGCCUUUUUGCUCCAAUUGCUCUGCUAUACCGGCGUAGUGUUGUAUGCGCCAGCGCUGGCUUUAGAAGCCACUACGGGUAUGUCAACAACCGCGAGCAUAAUCGGCCUAGGACUGAUCUGUACUUUCUACUCGACAAUCGGUGGCAUCAAGGCGGUUCUCGUCACCGACAUCUUUCAGAGUCUAUUAAUGCUAAUCGCCGUUGUCACAGUUAUUGCCACCGCGGCUGUCAAUACCGGCGGCCUCGACCGGAUCUGGCAAAUCGCCAACGAGGGAUCCCGACUGGAGUUUGACAACAUCUCUCCAGACCCAACUGUACGACACACCUGGUGGAGUCUGACAUUUGGUGGUUUCUUCACUUAUCUUUCCUUAUACAGCGUCAAUCAAGUUCAGGUUCAGCGAAUGUUGACCGUCAGAAAUCUACAGGCCGCUCAGCGCGCAUUAUGGUGGAGCUGGCCGAUGGCGUCGAUCAUGUCGCUCACCCUGUGCUUCUCCGGGCUAGCGAUGUACGCGAAAUACCGUAGCUGCGAUCCGCUCGAGGAGGGCAGGAUCAGCUCGAACGAUCAAUUGAUGCCGCUAUACGUAAUGGACGCGCUGUCGGACUAUCCCGGUGUUCCCGGGCUCUUCGUGGCCGGAAUCUUCAGCGCCGGGCUCAGCACCAUCUCGGCCACGGUUAAUUCCCUCGCCGCUGUUAUUCUCGAAGAUUAUAUCAAGCCUCUCUGGCGUGUAAGAGGGAAGGAGCUAUCUCCGACAACAUCGAUAAUCAUUAGCAAAAUUCUGGCUUUUCUAAUUGGAUUAGCGUGCCUGGCUGUCGCUUUUUUGGCACGAUACCUCGGCGGACUGUUACAGGCGGCUCUGACGAUCUUCGGUGUCGUCGGCGGACCUAUGUUGGGUUUAUACACGCUCGGCAUGUUCCUACCGUCGUGCAACCAGAAGGGCGCGAUCAUAGGCUUCAUUUCUAGCCUUAUGUUCUCCUUGUGGAUGGGAUUCGGUCAACCGAAACCGCCGAUUCCGCGAUUGAGCGUUUCGACUGACGGCUGUGGAUUCAACGACACUAUGAUUAUGUAUCGCGGAAGUGAUAGCGAAUCAUCAAUUUAUACGAGUUCACGCUACGAACACACGGAGGAGAAUGAAUCUUAUUUUUAUCUUUAUCGCAUUUCCUACAUGUGGUAUUGUCCAUUGGGAUUCCGCUUCGCUUUGAUCGCGGGAUGGAUCGCCAGCUGGAUUACACGAUGGAUUUAUAAGGAAGACUUAAUCGAAAUCGAUCCUACUUUGCUGAGUCCGAUUGUGGCAAAAAUGGAGGAAAGACGAAGAAAAGCUGAUAAAUUUCGAAAUACGAUAGCAUUUAAUAAAUAUUGAAACGAUAAGAAUGCACAUAUUGAAAGUUUAUAUCUCUGAUACAGAUCGAGCAGUUUCAUACUGAUUGUGAGCCGCGGAAUGCCAGCUGUCGCGACAUACAGAUACGUAAACACUGCGAACUACGAGCUGUGCGAGCUGUACACUUUACCGAAACGAUCGCAAAUCACGAUGGAAUGCCGCCGGACUGGUGUGUGCGCGCGCGCGCGCCAUACGGUGACAUACAGAGCGAACGCAAGCAAUGACCCGCGUCAUGCAGGUCUUACGUAAGGAAAUAACGCCGCGCACUUACUGGUCGAAAUAGCCGAUUUCGAAAAUCCAAAAUGGAACAGAGAAAAAAAAACUGCAAGAAAUGUUUGAAACUGUGCAAACUGCAUCGGACAACCUUGAAUUCUCAACAAUUAAUUAUAUGCGAUAUAAGAAUAUAUUCUUCACAAACGUAAUUUCAGUAUUGGAUGCAAAGUUGAAUUGUAUGAUAUUGCGUUAUGUUAAAGAAAAGCACAAAAAAAUAUUUUUUUAAAUUUUAAAACUUCCUAAAAUCACUUAUUCGAAUUAUCUUUUCAUAUGUGACUAUUAUCUUGCUGAUUGAAGCUACCCAAACGUUUCAAAUUUCACCGUCACAAUUAUUUUAUGAUUGAUUAUUCCUUCGAUUAAUAUUUAAGCUGACGUGCCAACGAAACGGUCGCUCACGAUUCGCAUGUGUUAAUCAAAUAAGGCGUUUCCUUUUAUACUAUUUGCAAAUAAUCAUUUUUUACAGUGCCGAAUAUCAUUUCAAUAUAAAUCGCGCAGCGGACUGCAUUUUGCGCAGUAAAUCGAGAAAUUUUUGCUCGUGUAAAACGGUGCUCGUAAAAAGUCGUUCGAUUUUUUCAGUCCGUUUUUCUAUUUCUUUCAUCGGCGGUCAUAAGUUGCUUUCGAGUCAAGAGUAUGCAUUUCGAUGAGGAUUAGAAACACGCGAUUAAAAAAGAAAACUUUGUGCAGUCGGGCGAACAACGGGAAUGAGAAAAUAAUCGACAACGCUCGAAGACGCCACGUUGCGGCGAAGUGGCUACCGGUUUUGUGCGCCUCUCGCAGGAAUGCAUCCUUCAUUUUUAUCGCUCGGUUUAAAUUAAGAUCGAUCCACUAUAAUCACGGUGUAAUCACGUUUGGAGAUUAUACGAGUCAAUUCGAACUAAAAGUAAAAAAAAAAACGUUGCACGAAUGUGCUGGCAUUACUGCCAUAUUUUUUCGCAUGUAUUCGCGUAGUUAGAAUAAAAACAAUUCUAAGACUGGUAUGAAAAACAAUUCGAUGAUAUUAAAAUAGUUCCAAUAUCGAAACUCGAAUUGUUAUUUCUUUGGUCAUUUAACUUUAAUUAAGUUAUCGUUAAAUUAGUUCAUCUAGAAAUUUGCUUACAACAUUUUGAAAAAUGAAUUAGAAAUAAGAACACAAGUGUUAAUGAGUUUUCGAUGUUUCAUUUUAACUGAAUCAAAUUUUAAUGAACUAAAUUGUUUCAGUAGAAAAAUUUUAAAUCUAAAAGGAAUUUGUUCGAAAUUAAUCUAAUAAACAUAAAGUUUCUGUAGCAAACACACGACUUGAGGCAAAAUUAACAAAUUCUAGUAAUAUUUUUAUUCACAUGGCAUAUCUUCAUAUCGUGACAUAUCUAUCUUAUAAGAUAAUGGCUGUUCGAUUAAGAUCGGGAUUAAAAAUCGGGAUUAAAUGUAUACAAGUCACGGUAUCGCAAUGCACUCGCGGAACACUGCAAGACAUAUACGAUUGCGGAUGUGACUCGUCUAACGUUCCCGGCAAUUAAAUGAAAUUACUGAGUUGCGGUAUCGCAUAUCGCCGUAACUCGCGCUCUCAUUAUAAUGCCGUGCAUUCUUCGCACGAAACAAAUCUUUCUCCCGGCAUCGAGUCUCGCACAGGCGUCGAGCUCGGCUGAGAGCAAUGGAAUAUCGCGCGUGAUAUACUUCCCUUCGUUAUAGCUUUAAUAUUAUUUACAUAGUGAUUAUUGUGUACUUGCGUGAUAUUUAGUGAAUUCAAGAAAACACGAGGCAAAUACUUGGCAUACACUCGGUGUAUUGUUUGAGUUACGUUUAUAGGCAUGCGUGAGGGCACGCACAUACCUGAGCAAAGCGGUGAGAAUCCAAACUUUAUGCUGCGCAAGAUAGCGUGAAACAUUCGCGUUCAGAACAUUAAAGCAAGCCAGAUAAAUUACUGCACUGAAAUGUGUAAAUAAUAAGCAAGUAAGAAUAUUAGGUGCGCUCUGUCUUUCACGAUUCAAUAAGAAUGCAGCUGCUGCAGCAUGCAUUCAGAAGAAAUGAUACGUGUAAAAUAAUGCCCUUGGCUUAAAAAUUCCAAAGCUAUAGGACGGUAAAUAAGUUUUCAAAAUUUUCGCUCGAUAAAAAUAAAGAUAAUUUUCCAUAC